AACGAAUGAAAGCCUCGUGAUUACAAGACCGCAUGUCGCCUUCGUAUGAACGCUACAGUGAUCGUACGACUUUGAAAAUCGUGUAGUGUGUCCCGAGGCAAGUGCAGACUUUUGGAGAGGGAUUCAUCUUUUAACCUGAAGUGUGUUAAAGUUCUUUAUAGUUAAUGCUAACAGACAGAACAUAAUGAGACGGGUCAGGACUAGCUAGUUAGCAAGCUAACUUCAGUAGAAUCAAAUGAAUGGUAGAGCUACAGAACAAGCAAAAGACGGAACUUGACAUCUGAACAUGGACGUGAUAGUCACAUGGAAACCCAGCUGAAAAAUGGAAGAAGGAAUCCACCUGCUGGCCGACUGCAGGAAUCACUGCUUGGAUCACAGCAAGCAGUUUCCCAGUUGGGAUGAAAUAUCAAAGCGAAAGCGACUCGAGGAUCCUGAAGAUGUGGCGUCGCAAACCGUGAGCCGCCCCUCCACCCCGCCCCCCCUUCACAAAAAGAGACGGCUGGCCCUUUAACGGUUAUGUAGCAGGGGCUAGCCGAUAUAGGACGGCGCGUGUGUCCGCCCGCUCGCCCGCUGAUAGCCCCCAUCAUGGCCUCCACACCGCAGCCGACACCACCGAGGAUGAAGCGACCAGCCAGCGGCCCUUCCCUUCCCGGCGCGGAGACGGACGUCAAGCCGAAGCAGAGGCACCGGUAGAGGCGAGGCGAGGCGAGGCAAGGCGCGCCGGGGGUGGGGGGGAGGGUGGGGAGAGAGCCGCCUCACAAUCCCCAUGCCACCCCGGUCUCCUCCAUGCCUUCGACCAAAGCCAAGUACAGCUAUUCGAUAAAGAGGGGUGCGAGCCCGGGCGGCGGCGGCGGCGGCAGUAACAUGACAACGACCAGGGAUUAUUCUGUGAAUCUGUCGGUGCAGCAGGUGCUGAGCCUCUGGGUGCAAGGCACGACGCUGCAGCACUUCACAGAGAUGUGGUACUGGGUGUUCCUGUGGUGCCUCUUCUCCUCGCUCUUUGUCCACGGGGCGGUGGGGCUGCUCAUGUUGGUCAUGCUGCAGCGCCACAAGCGGGGCCGCCUCAUCACCCUGGUGCUGGUCAGCGUGGGCUUCCUGGCAUCCCUCUGCGGAGGCGUCAUCACCAGCGCAGCGGUGGCGGGGGUUUACCGCGUGGCAGGGAAGGACAUGGCCCCUCUGGAGGCUCUGGUGCUCGGCGUUGGCCAGACCACCCUCUCUGUCGUCAUAUCCUUCUCACGUAUCCUGGCCACUCUGUAAAAGAAAACCCUCGACGAGAGCAGAGCUGACGAAUGGAGCCAGUCAGAGACUCAAAGGCGUUCAUCCUGACCGGCUCCGUAGAAGAAGAGGAGGCAGAAAUGCUCUGGACCUUUAAGGGCCGGAUGCAGGGCAGAGAGCGCCCCCUCCCCUCUGUGUCUCUGUUCUGGUACUGCCACAAUCACACUGCAAGUUCGAGGGGAACUUAAUGCGGACCAGUGGUCGCCAUGUCGAAGAGCAACAGCAGGCGGAGAUGGCGCCAAACCUCAUCCUCUGGACGUGGAAGCCAUGUUCUUUGUGCCAACGACCUUCUCUGGGACGUCCAGAUGCCUUCGUGGCCACUGACUCUUGAAGGCUGUCUGUCGUACUCGUGGGGGGGAAAAUAACAGAUUUUUUUAAAAAGUGAAGUAACAGUGACGACCUGUAAUAAUAAUGAUCCAAUGAGUGAUCCAGUGUGAGAACGAAAGUUGAGCAACAAGGGGUGUUUAGGGAAUGAAAACCCGACAGAUUUCAUCAGCAAAAACUCUCUCCUCACCAGUAUGAAAUGUCGGCCUCACACAGGAUGUUCAAAUGCAGAACAUCACUAUCGUUCCCUUUUCUUGCGACGGCUUGAAGGUGCACCAUCCAACUCACGAGCAAGAUGCAGCUUUGAAUCUUGCGCUUUGUGGGUUUUUGAGAAGUUUUUUGCAUAAGAAAUCAGUCGUUUUGGAGGAGAAAACCAGCAUCGCUGCUACAUUUGGUUUGUCCUGUUGAAAUAUGCUUAUUCACUUCCCACUCUUAUGUCUGUACAGUAAAUAUGAAGCGAGAUUUUCCAAUUCGUGGCCAAUCUGAAGAGAUCAUCUGCCAAAAUGAUCCUGUAUUGUGAGCUGUUGACUCCGUCUUCUCAGCCAUGUUGUCCCGAGCAAAACAGAGCACACACUCUUGUGAGUCCCUGGAAUCUGCACUUUGAAAAUCGUAUGUUCUAAGCGCAGAGUGUGUGUCCCGGCCUCUAGACUGAAUCGUCUGGUGCGGGGCCUCUAUGCUAAACUAAGCCACCUCCUAGUUACAGCUUCGUUUCUACUGUACAGACAUGGGAGUGCUGUCACUCUUUACAGUCAAUGCUCAACAAGCAAAACAAAUAAGCGUUGGAAAUACUUCUUUAACGUAGACACAGAAAGGCCUGGACCAACCCUCAGUAGUGCAAAGGCUGUUCAGUUUGUCUUCAUCAGUCUUAAUUCCAGGUCUGGUUUGAUUAAGAUUAGGAUUCUCUUAAUCUGGUAAUAAGAAAAGGUGCAUUAAUAUUAAUAUAAACUGCUGCUUUCCCCCGAGGAAAUCCAUCCCUCCCCGGAGAGAAGGUCAGACCGAUUCUGCUGCUCAGAUCGCCAUUGUUUUACUAUGGCUCCCUCGUUUCUUUGUGUUGUUUAUUAACCCAUGUUCCUUAAAUUCAACUUUGCAUAUUGCACUGAAUUUAAUCUGCCUUGUUUUUAGAACAGUGUGCGACUCUGGUGUGACCCGACCCCGGUAUGUUUAACAGCUAUUACUAUACACAGAAAAGACACUUAUAAUUUUGUUUUGGUGGGAUUUUCCUUUGUAACGCAUCAUAUAUGAAGAGUGUGCUUCAAACUACUGUACUUACUUCUUAGAGGUCUUCACUGAUAUUUUUGAAGAAUAGAAAGAAAAGGUUAAAUUUGCAUUAAUUGCUCAUCACUUGACUCAUAAAUGUAUUCCAAUAUCAAUUCCUUUGUACAUAGCACCGCACCCUGGGUGAGAGGAGUUAGGUUGUAAUGCCAAAGUAUCACUAACAUUUAGCUUUAUUCAUUCAUCAUCUUUUUAAUUGAGCCGAGAUUUAUUUGUUUCACUCAGUUUUAGAAACAAUUGCACGUUGGCUCGAGGAUCAAAGAGCCCCCAGACUUUCAUAAAUCCGCUGUUGAUGGGAAUUUGACCACAAAAUUUUUUGUGUGUUGUUACCUGUGUGUGCGCUGUGAGGCCCUGAAGGUGAAUGGUUAUGUAACCGACACGGUUCACCUUCAGUGCCCACUCGGCACACAAGAGGGCGAUGUUGCACAGAGGUGAAGUGGCGGCAGGAGCCUGAAAGAUGAUUGAGGCUGUUGCUACAGAGACAACAUGUUUCUAUCCCAAUUCCUCCCGCAAAAAAAUCCCAGAGUGAAAUUCAUAUUUGUAAAAUGAAGGAGGAAAAAAGAGGCACCUGAAGUCAUCUUUAUCCACCGAAUGCUCGGGCGAGUCGUCCAUCGCACCCGUUGUGAAUGUUUUUAGCUCAGUUCUUUCAGGGACCAAAUGCCAGUUGCUGCUGGUGAUGAUGACUCACCUGCCGUCAUGGCAAUGAUUUCUCUGUGAAGCUGCUCGUGGGGCGGUUUUGUGCAUGUUUCGUAGGUACGUGUGGACCAUAGGAGUGUGGUGUGGUUGUGCAUGUGAGUAGUGGAAAAUUGGAUAUUCAUUUAUUUUCAUUAGCGGGGGUUGUGCACAUUCUUUAGCGGACCCCUAAAGUGUCGAUGAGGGCGAGGACCUAAUUGCAGGUGACACUGUUCAGCAGUUUCACUGAGCAGGUGUCUUACAUAACGUGUACUUUUCUGCUGCCGAGACGCCUAGAACUGUACUGGGGUCGUCCGGCCGGUGCACUUACUGUACAUCCUGAGCUGUAUAUACAUAGCCACCGUGUACAAAGUACACAAUGAAAAGUGUAACCAACAGCUGAUGUGAACCAGCUAACCACUGGAUAAUACUUUUAAUUUUCACACAGACGGGAGUAUUCACACCCAGUGCCAUGAUCGGUCAUGAAGUUUUUGGGGUUUUUUUGCUCCGGGUAUUGUGAUUCAGCUGGUGUGUGUGUGUGUGUGUGUGUGUGUGUGUGUGUGUGUGUGUGUGUGUGUGUGUGUGUGUGUGUGUGUGUGUGUGUGUGUGUGUGUGUGUGUGUGUGUGUGUGUGUGUGUGUGUGUGUGUGUGUGUGUGUGUGUGUGUGUGUGUGUGUGUGUGUGUGUGUGUGUGUGUGUGUGUGUGCACACUACAAUAUCUAAGGAGACACCCAGCAACUGAUAAAAACUCUAGACUUCGAGAACGGCCAUCGCACUGCAGUGAGACGCCCCGCUCAAUGAGCCCGGGCCCCUUCAUGGGCUUAUAACUAAAAGCUGCCCCCCUCAAGUCCCGCCGUUGUGUUAAAUGCCACAUGUCUGUCCCCCCCCCCCCCCCCCCGGUCACGUACUACGUACCGGCUGUGACUGCGUGUGCAGUGUGAAUGGACUAACACGGACAAUCCCAACAAGAGACAAUGUGGUACAAAAACCCAAAGUGGCACUUUGUAGAUAGUGUACAAUAUGUUCUUUUUUUAAUUUUGUACCAGCCAAACUGCUGAUAUUUAUAACUAUUGCCUAUUUAUGUACAAAAUUGUUCUCCUGUACAUACUCGACAGUAAGUUGAAAUAAAAAAAAAACUUUUUUGCAGUAUAAA